ACGUUCAGAUAUGUUAUGCGCAUGCCUGAUUGAAUGGGGGGAGGGAGGGUACCUGAGUAGCCUGACAGGCCACGCUCAGGGCAAAGAGACGCCCUGAUGACGGUGCAGCAUCCUGGACGAACCGUAACCUGUGCCCACCGCUGCCUCACCUACUGAAUCACAUCGCGGAAACGCCGCUUUCAGUGUUGCGAGAUGGCCUCGUCAAAUGCGCAGAUUGCCAUUAUAAGGAUUUUUAGAAGAGGAAACAUCUCAUAUGUCUUCGGGCUGGGAGUCAUUUUUAUGGUCAUUUACCUCUGUCAGUACAGUCCUGACUCCACUGACUCCUCUGACUCCGCUGUCCCCAGCCCCCUUACCGAUGUAUUUGAAAAUGAAUCGAAGUUGGUAUUUAAAUACCACAUUCGUGAACUUUCAGAGCCAAGAUGCCAAGCAAACCUGUCCAUGAGCGACACGAAAGAUUUCAGCUCUCUUCCAAACGCCAUCCAAGACUUCCUCCACUACCGCCACUGCCGCAGUUUCCCCAUGCUGCUGGACCUGCCGGCCAAAUGUGGGGGGGCUAACAGAUCCAGAGAAGUCUUCCUUCUGCUUGUCAUCAAGAGCUCCCCUUUGAAUUACGACCGCCGGGAGGUGCUGCGUAAAACCUGGGCUAAAGAGAGGUUACAAAACGGUGUGUGGAUCCGACGGCUAUUCAUCAUAGGGACAGAGGGCUCUGGUCACAAGAAGCUAAAAAUCAACAAACUCCUAAAGGCGGAGCAAGACGACUUCAACGACAUCCUCCAGUGGGACUUCAACGACACCUUUCACAACCUCACCCUGAAGCAGACGCUCUUCCUCCAGUGGCUGGAUAAGAGGUGUCCGAACGCUCGCUUCCUGUUUAACGGCGACGACGACGUGUUCGCCCACACCGACAACAUGGUGAAAUAUCUCCAGGGCCUCGAUGACAACGACGGAAGCAAGCACCUCUUCACGGGCUACUUGUUCCAAAACGAGAAGGUCGUCCGGUGGAAGGGAAGCAAGUAUUUCGUGCCAGAACUGAUACAGGAGUCAAAGACGUACGAACCGUACUGUGGGGGAGGGGGUUACCUUCUGUCCGGCUACACGGCGUCGGUGAUAAACAGAGUGUCUCAGGCCAUACCCAUUCAUCCCAUCGAUGACGCCUUCAUGGGGAUCUGUCUGUCCAAAGCAGGGCUCUCCCCUUCCUCUCACAUCGGCGUGAGAACGCUGGGACUGAACAUGCCGUCGAAGGGUGCGGAUCAUUCUGAACCCUGCUAUUUGAGGGAGCUGCUUUUGGUGCACAGGUUCCUACCGGCCGACAUGUAUCUAAUGUGGAAACAAGUGCAUGAUCCCCAUCUGAAAUGUAGCCCCACAUAUAAACUGAGAUAGGAACUCCGGUCUCUCACAUUAAGGAAGAAAGUUCAACGUGCAGCCGGAGGGGAUGCAAAACCCCCCCGUAGCGUGACGUUAUGCUGCUGAGCCUGGGCUGUGCGGGUUGUUUUCUUUUUUUUUUUU